GUGUGUGUGUGUGGGGCCUUGGUGUGUGGUGGAGAAGCUGGAGCCGUGACAGCCUCAGUAUGAGCGAGUCUCCGGCGGCGGCGGCGGCGGCGGUGGCCCCUCGCGAGCAGAUGGUGGUGGCCGCCGCGCGUUUCCUCAACAACCCGCGGGUGGCCGGCAGCAGCGAGCAGCAGAAGCUGGCCUUCCUGCGGCAGAAGGGGCUGACUGAGGAGGAGAUUAACGAGGCUGUGCUGCGCAGUCCGGCGGUUGCCUACAGUCUGCACAGCACCCAAACAUGCGCGUUCUUGGGGAUCCGCCAGAGUCCACGCUUCUUGGGCGCACUGCAAGCCGUGUGUAACGUCAUCGUUGUAUUUUUCGGUGGAGGAUACAUCAUCUAUUAUAUUGUUAAGACGUACGUGCUGCCGUGGCUGACGGGCUCCCGGCGGCGGCCGUCCUCUGCCGAGCGGCUGGACGCGCUGCAGGCCAGCCUGGACGCCUCUGUGCGCCAGCUGUCGGACUCGCUGCGCGCCCUGCAGACCCAGCUGGGUGAUCAGCAGCGCUCGCUGGAUCAGCUGCGGCCGGCCGCCGCCGACCAAACCCAGCUGCAGAGGGAGCUCGGCCAGCUGCGUGCAGAGGUGGCCUCUCUCAAAGGACUGAUGCUCAACAGGCACCAGUUCGCCGCUGCGCCGUCGCCGCCGCCGGCACCCUCCAUCCCGUCCUGGCAGAUGGUGAAGCCGGCGCCGGCCGAGGCAGCCGACAAGACCAAGGCGGACAGCUCCAGUUCUGGCGACAUCGUCAUCGUCAGCGGCAACAACAGCGACGCAUCCGACCAGCACAGCGACAGCUAGUGAUCAUAGGGGAUCAGGGAGGCUGCGCUGCCUCCCCGAGCUAACACCAAUCACUGUUAUCAUGGAUAAAAUACUUAAAGGUAUUCUGAAGUACCGCCACACAUUUAGACCUGGUAUGGUUGAACAGUUUCAGCAAGUCAAGGAUAACCCUGUUCCAAAGGCAAUCUUCUUCACAUGUAUGGACAGUAGGAUGUUGCCAACCCGCUUUACAUAUACAAACGUGGGUGAUAUGUUCAUCGUCCGAAACGCCGGUAACCUGGUGCCGCACGCCAAAUUGUACGAUACCGAGACGGUCUCCACAGAGCCGGCCGCCCUCGAGCUAGGCUGCAUCGUCAACGGCAUCAAAAAUGUCAUCAUCUGCGGUCACUCGGACUGCAAGGCGAUGAACCUGCUGUACGACCUGCGGGACCCGGCGCUGGCCACGCCGGAGAAGCUGCACAUGUCGCCCCUCUCCGCCUGGGUGUGCCGCCACGGCUCCGGCAGCCUCACCAAGCUGAUGCAGCUCAAGGUCUCCGACUUCAAGGCGCCGCUGGUGUUUGAGGGCGAGCUCCCGAUGCGCCGUUUCGUGGCCUAUAUCGACCCCGAGAACCAGUUCAGCAUCACCGACAAACUGUCCCAGGUGAACACGCUGCAGCAGCUGCAGAACGUCAGCUCGUACGGCAUGCUGAAGCGCGGGCUGACCCGCGGAGAGAUCCACAUCCACGCUCUGUGGUUUGACAUCUACACGGGUAACAUCCACUACUUCUCCCGACAGCAGAAGCGGUUCGUCGACCUGAACGAAGACACGCUGCCUCAGAUCUCUGAGGAGGUGCGGACCUACUACUCGAGCGGCCGGUGAGAUGUCGGGGUCGUGAGAUAGAUAAUCCGGGGCCGAUCAGUGUUUCUGUAAGUUGGUAUCAUCGCUAACGUUCAUAAGCUUAUAUCGUUCAUUGGGAUAUGUGGCGUGACAUCGCCCGCUGGGACCGGAAAGUUGAUAUCGUCCACUGGAAUCUGUGAGCGAUAUCGUCCACUGGAAUCUGUAAGCGAUAUCGUCCACUGGAAUCUGUGAGCGAUAUCAUCCACUGGGGCCGGUGACUUUAUAUCGCCCGCUGGAAACUGGGAGCCCAUAACUCGAUAUCGUCGACGGAGGUCCGUGGCUCCGCUGCAUUUGAGGAAGUUUUCGCCGCACAAGAUGGCCGACGGGUGUCAACGGGUUACUCUGUGUUUGGAUCUGAUAGAGCAGACAAUCAAGGCCCGUGUGUGAACCAGUGUUAGGUGUGCCGAUACGUUGGUUGUGCGUCGGUUGAGGGUAGUGCCUUUUAACAUGAUAUUUUCCCUUGGCUUUACCUUGUGGUUAUGUUUAGUCAUUUAGUUAUGUGGUGCUAUUUUCUUUCAGUCUUUUUUCAGGUGCUAUUUUCUCUUCACUUUUACAACGCCUAGUAUUCUUAUAGUGGUCUAUGCUAACAUUUGUGUAUGUGCCAUUGUGCAUUGAUAAUUUUUAGCUUAUAAGUAUUGUUACUGAAACGAUUGAGAUGCCAUUAAGUAAAAAAAUUAUCAUAGGAUGUUGUAAGGAAUGCGUUAGGCAUUCCUUAAAACAAUAGCUCAUGUAUAUGUUUUCGUAAGCUUUUUUCGUUUUGUAUCUGAUCGUGUAAUGUCGAGUCACCAUAACCAUUCCUUAUAGACGCUACCUUGUAACCGUUUGAAGGAUGAAUGCAACGAUCGAAUGUAGAGCGUGAUGUUUGUUUUCUCUAUAGCUUUCACUCAGGACUCCUAAUGCAUGUCUCGUGUGCUUCGCCCGCGGUGAAAUAACGUAUAGAUGUCUAGAGCGGAUAUUGUGUAACAUAUAGUCAGUACAACCGGGUGAUAGGGGCAUCUGCGUUGAUGAACGUGGUCGGCAGAUGUGAGUCUGAACUUUUAGAUGAGGAUUCGUUUGUUUGUGGCUAUAGUGUUGCGGUGUGUGUCUCCUUCGGUUUUCAUAGAUAUGUCCAUUUCCCAUAAUUUUUGUGAAAUCAGCGUUUCUUAUAUAGAUUUCAAGACAUUGCUCAAGCAUGAAGUAACAAUGGUUUCUGGGUGUCUUCGCCUUUAUUCAUAAGUCGCUUAAACUCUACCACAGUCAGUUGAAACGUUUGUGUUGAGAAUUCGGUAUAUUAAACGACUGAGUUCGAAUAGCGGUCUGUCACUAUUUCUGUGCACAUGCGUCAUUCCUCAAUAAACAGCAAACAACUUA